AUCAGAGUUCAGAACCAAUUAUUAUAUAUUGGUUCUGAACUCUGAUAAACGUGAUAAAACAGCACGACAUAAGCUAUAUUCUAUCUCUGUCUUCUGUCCUGUUUUACCAUUAAAUCUGACUUAGUGUUUCGAUUUUCUGCCAUUUAUCCUAUGGCGGCACUCGUGAUGUUGAUUUCGUGUUAGACCAGGCAAAGUGGAGGCAACGAGCAGUCCAUAGUUAUAUAGUCAAAGGGUGUGAUGUAUCGUAGUAGUGUGUCCGUGUGCUCAUGUAUAUACGAAAAUGGUAAUUCUGUCGGUAAUACAUAGAUGUCGGUAGACCCGCUACGGGAUCCUCUUAACAGCGUCAAUUGUGCAAUCUAAAAAAAUUGGCGAAAGAGAGUUUGUUUAUUUCAAUUACACGCUAAAUAGAGCGUCUUGGCACUCAAAUCGAGCGUCAACUCGAAGUCAGCGUCAAGCGUCCACUUAACGCUACAAUUCAAAAAAGUCCCCUAACUAACUAGUUUGACGUUCAAAGUGAGCGUCAAGCGUCAGCAUGAAAAUGCACCUUAAUAAAUUACUAUCAUUGCACCAUUCAGCACUCAGGAUUCCUAGUAAUUUAGUAAAUCGCAAGCAAUCCAGCAGGAACAAUUGCGUCGUCUCCAGCGGGCUUAAUACGCGUACGGAAGCGAACGCGUGGAAGAAACGCCAACGAUUGUCGAUCCGCAUCCGACGCACACGGUCGGUCGAACAUGUUUCUCAUUGCGUACGCUUCGCACGGCCACGCGAAAUUCGUCUGGACAAGCCUAGGAGGCGCGUUCAUUGGCACGUUCGUAAACAGGGCUGCUCGCGCGCGGGAACGUGCCGCGAGGUAUCAAGAGUUUCGCUGAUCCGAGGAUUUGCGGCUCGGCGAGUCGAGUUUCGAGUCGCCGUCGCAGCCGCCGCCGCCACCGGUUCGUCCGUUCGCUCGCUCGCCGCCGGUACCCGUUCGUCGGUCGCCGUCGAGUGCCGUCGUCGCGGUUGGUGGAGGGGAGAUGGCGGGUGUCGCGGGCACCACGCUGGAUGUACGCGUGUGCGUCCGCGAGAGAUGCCGUCGUGCUCGACGGCCCUGAGCGCCGGAGCGAGCGGCACUCGCAUUCGUUCUCGUACCGGCGCCCUCGCCGCCCGUACGCGUCCGCGCUGAAUCCGACGUCGACGUCUCGUCACCGCCAGCAGCAGGAGCCUCGUGAUCGCGCGGCGCGGUGGCCGCCCAUUGGACUCGGGCUUAACCUCCGCGCGCGCGAGAGACGUCGGCAGGCGGUUCUCCGGGCACGCUAUGACAAAGGGUGGCAUCACUGGGGACGUGUUGGAAGUACGGAUGGUGCAGCGCUCGCUGAUAUGACGCCAUUUUACUAACCUGUCCGUCGCGUACCACCACCAGCCGCUCGGGGGCCGCCGAAACGCUUCGCGUUACGUGCCGCACGCCACGCGGCCGACCGCAUCGUCGCGCACAGCACGCUCGACGCCUGUCCCGCGCUCUGCGAAGGUAGAUCGGCGCAGCAGCACGCGUUAUUAUGGAAGAUGAGGACGGAGAGAGCAAAGUAAUAGAUAUGUGGAACAUCCUGGAGGAGCAGCGGCUCAAGGAUACCGCGCUGGGCAACGCACUGAGACAUUCCAUCGACGACGUGUACGCCGACGUGAUCGAGGAGGAGAAGCAGCUGAUACGCUACAACUCGAUCGUGGCGAGCGAGCCGCCGGGCAGGAACGCCGUCGCCGGGCCGAAUUUCAUAUUCAAGGGCCUGAAGAAGCGCAUCUUGGCCGAGGCGCGGGAGACGCCCGCGGUCGCGCCCAGGAACAGCGUGCCGGACCUGCGGCAGCCGACGCGUCCCAAUGCGCGAGCCGGCAAGGAGAGGGGGGGAGUGCAGAGGAAGCGGAAGCGCAAGAUCACCGAGUACGCCCAGUACCUGGGCCUGCGGCCGUCGACGAGGCACAAGUGCCCCAAGUGCCAGGCCUGGUCCAGCUGCGGGCCGGACGCGAGGCGGAGCACGUCGUGCGCUUGCAGUCCCAGCAUGACGCCGACGCCCGGCACCUCCGAGUCGAGCGCCGUCACGGUGCCGCCCGCGAGCAGCUUCAAGAUCACGCGGAAGGUCUACCUCUGCUCGGCGUGCGGCACGUACUUCGAGAACUGGAACCUGUUUCUGCACAUGAGGGACAUACACAAGCGUCACAUAUGCCUCUACUGCCUGGGGAUGUUCGGCCAGGCGGAGAGGCUGUCGUACCACCUGAUGAAGAAGCACAGCGUCCCGGAGAUGGCGUUCUCCUCGGGGGACGACUUCUCCGACGCCUUCAAGGGCUCGUGCUACCUGAUCUGCUGCAGCUGCGAGAGGGUGUUCACGGAGACCGACAACUUCUUCAGCCACUUUUGCUCGCCGGUGCCGGAGCAGGACGCGCCCGUCGCCGCCGCGUCCACGUGCACCAUAUGCCGGCAAACCGGCACGCACGCGAGCACCUGCAACGCCACGCUGCCGCUGGAUACGGACAAGGAGCCGCGCGGCGCGUCCACGCCCUUGUCGGUCGCCGACGCGACGUCGUACGCGGACGACGCGUCGCCGACGACCGUCCCCCCGUCGGAGUUGCCCGCGAAUCUCGGGGGUAAAGGCCUGCCGAGAAAAGCGAUCAAGUACAACAGGAGGAAACGCGGGCGGGAGGACGGCGUGCAGAAUUCGUGCCAGCAAAAGUCGGGCGCGCUGGCGAGGAAGCUCGGCGCGACGGUCCAGUGUAACGAGAGUUGCUUCGAUCGCGAUCUCGACGUCCCGAGAGAAAUGGCCAACAGCUUGCCCAGGGACACGGUCACCGAGACGAUAAUGGAGGUGUCCAGGUACAGGGGCGACAACUCGUCCGACGAGAACGACGAGAACGACGAGCAGGCGAUGAACAAGGACGUGUGCAACAAUCGUGACCGUGGGGUCAAGUCGCCGGUCCCGAAUUGCCAGCUCGACUUCAGCGAGCCUUACGACAGCGUGACGGAGACCAUCAUGGAGGUGUCGCGCUACACGGGUGAGGAGGAGAAGAGCGAUAGGGAGGAGGCGACGCGUACCCCGAGCGUGCACGCGUCACGAGCGGUCGAGAAGGCCAACACCGAGGACGAGGAGACGUGCGACAGGAGCGACGUCGAGCCGUCGCGCUCGGCCAGUUCGAGAGCACCUAGUCCGGUACAGUGGGACGCCGAGGAGAUGGCGACGGCGGACGCGAAGGCGAACGAGAGCGGGGCCAAGUCGACGGGAGACGACAGUCCACGGGAGACGCGAAGCUGCAGUCCCGUCAGCCGGUCGUUGUUUAGUCCGCAGCACGAGUCGCUCCUGUCGGACUCGCAGCCCAAAGAGAAAGAGAAUUUCGAGGACGUCGACAGGAGGAGGGCGGAGAGAGCUGUCGCGACCAACCCCGGUGAAUCUCAAGCCUCGGCCUCGUUCAACGCCGUCGCGCCGUCCGACAGGAGUCUGGUCAUCAAGAUUUGCAACAGGAACUCGCAGUUCAGCGUCGCGACCACCACCGUCACGAGUCGGGAGUCCGAGGAGAACAACAACGCCGAAGGGUCCACGUCGAAGGAGAGAGUGCCGAACGGCUCGGACAUGGGGCGGGACCUGGUCGACGAUGAUCAAGCGAACGAGCUGGACGACAGCGAUUCCGACAGCGACAAGCUGGCGGUGGUGGACAGUAAUCCGGAAGAAGACGAGGAAGCGGAGGACGGCGAGGAGGGCGAGGAAGCGGACGAGGCUGAGGACAGGCGCGACGACGCGGCGGACGAGAGCCGGAGGAACGACGAGACCGGGACCGGGACGUGCACCGACGACGGCCUGUUCUCCGUCGCGGAGACGAUGCCGCUGGGCGGUACCGACGAGGCGACGUCCGACGGCAACGCGAUCGGAGGUGUCGCGAACGAGGAGGCGAGAAGCCACACGAUCGACAACAGCGGCAUCGUGCUGGCCGGCGAGGACGUCCCGUCUAUCGACCUGAACGUCGAGGGCACCCUGGACAGCAUGGAGCUGGAGGAGCUGCUGAAGCGUUGCAUCGAGGCGGCCAGUCCCGUCUGCGUGUACUGCAACCACGCGCGUUACAUCGCCGUCAACGGCAGGCAGCUGGGCCUGCACAUGCUCGCGGAGCACAAGUUUCAGCCGCAGCAUCCCGCGAUAAUUAUAUACGCGGAGCAGUUCACCGCGCGGGUGAAGCGGUCCCUCGACGAGCUCGAGUCCCGUUACUUCAACCUGGACACGUACAACAGCGGGGACGGCACGUACAACGUGCCGAGCGUGCUGAUAUACGAGUGCUUUCACUGCAGAUUUCACUCGACCGUGCACAAGGAGCUGUACCUGCACAACCGCAAGAUGCACCAGAAGACCAUACUGAUCUGCAUAAUGUGCAAGUCGACGUUCUACAGUUACAGCGAGCUGGUGUGCCACCUGUGCCCGGGCGUUUACUCGCCGAACGCGAAUCUGCGGUACCGCUGCUGCCUCUGCUCGGUCGCGAGCCUCCCGUCGGCGUUCCGGCUGAUGGUCCACGUGCGAAAGCGCCACCACGCCUGCGACGUCUGCCUCGAGUCCACGGGCAAUCAGCAGCGCUUGUCGAAUCACGUGUGGAAACACAAGCUACACCAUUUGUGUUACAGAUGUGGCAUCGCGUACCGCAACAAGCCGGACAUCACCAAGCACUUGUUCUGGAAGCACGGCACGGAGAGCGUUCUGUGCCGGAAGUGCCUGCAGAAGAAGUGGCCGCACAUCUAUCACUUUUGCAUACCGCCCACGGCGUUCGGCUGCGAGGAGUGCGGCUCGAGCUUUAGGCGCGCCGUGGCGCUCAAGGUGCACAAGAGGCUUCACACCGGUGACUUGCCGUACGGUUGUGACGAAUGCGGGCAGCGCUUCAUAUCGCGGAAGCUUCUGGCCAAGCACCAGGCGACUCACAGGGAACCCGAGCCGGAGGACGUCCACGUGAACGUGACGGACGUGGUCAACGCUCCGCUGGUGGACAAGGAUGAGAAGUUGGACAAGGAUGCGUCCGCGGUGGCGGUCGACGGGGACUUGACGGCGGGAGUCGAGGCCACGUCGAAGAACGUCAAAGAGGCUGUGAAAAGGGUGGUCGACGUUUACGAUCUGCCGCCGCUCAACCUGUCGUCCGAGAGCGAUACGGACAGCGAGGAGGAGAGGCUUGCCUCGACGGAGAACAAACCGCCGGAGAAGGAGAAUCUCGACGAGGACGCGACGAGGAAGAGCGAAGCCGCCGAGGCGACCGCCACCGCCACCGACGACGAUGACGUCGCCGCAUUGAGCAACGAUAUAGUCGAAGUGGAACGCAACGAGGAGGAGAAGAAGCAGGAGGCGCGCAUCAUGGACGGUAUCUGGGACAACUUUAAGACGUACGCCGCCAGUCUCGACGUCGAGGAAUCCGCCAAGAAUGUCGCGUUGAAGGAGAGCGUGCCCGAGACCGACGCCGCGUACUUGAGGAGCAUCGUCAUCUCCGAUCACGAUUACUGCGUGGUAUAUUCCCCCGACAAGGAGAAGGGCGAAGACCGGGCUACUCCGCUGGACGACGACGCGAAGGCGAGCGAGGCCAAAUCUAGGACGAGCCCGUCACCCGGCACUCCGAGUCGCAAUGCCGGCUGCGACAGCGACGCGAACAAGCGCAAGUCGAAGACACCCAAGAAGAAGAAGCGAAGCGGUAGCGCGUCGUCCACGAGCGACUCCUCGAGCGACACCGACUCGAGCAGUUGUUCAUGCGGCACCAACUGCAGCUGCAGCAGCUCUUCGUCCGGCAGCUCCUCCAGUUCCAGCAGCAGCUCCGAUUCCGACAGCUCCGCGUCCGAGAGCUCGCCUAGGAAGCAGUCCGGAAGCAGUCGCAAGGACCGGAAUAAGAAGGAGAGGGAGACCACGCGGGAGGACAAGUCGCAGUCCGUCGAGCCGGAGAGCAAGCCGGAGGUCGCGAUGGAGAACGGCUCCGAGAACCCCGAGGCGGUCACGAGCGAGCCCUCUCCGGCGAAGCCGCUCUUGCGAGAGUCCGACUUGGAGACUGAGGAGACUGAGACGGACGAGGACUUUUACGACGAGUAUCCGCAGCUGCUCGCCAACAAGCUGUUGGCGGAGAAGCGUAAUCAGUUGCUGGUGUUGGCUGCAGGUCCUGUAUCGACGCCGACCUCGACAUUGCCGGCGUUAGAGCAACCGACGUCGAUGCCACUCAACAACGGCAUUCUGGCCCCGGAAACGGCACUGCCGGAUCCGAUCGCGAUGGCCAUCGAGAAUCAGCAGCCGCAACAGCAGCCGCAACAGCAGCCCCAGCAGCAGCAGCAAAAGAAGAAGACGAAGACGAAAAAACGACGGAAGGGUGAGAGGGGCGGUAAACGUAACGCGAUUACAACAGGCACCGUGGAGUCGAUCAAGCUGAACAUUCCCAAGGCGCUUUACCAGAAGAACGCGGGAUUCGUUGCAUCGUCGCAGCCGACGUUGGCGUCACGUUCCAACAGCAGGUCCUCGACGCCAAGUCUGCUGCCGGCCGCGACGUGCAACGACUUCCACAGCGGCAACGUUGCGCUGGAGAUGCAGCAGCAACAGCAGGCAUCGUCGGUCGCUGUCGCCACUGCCACCGUCGCCAGCGUUCCAAGUCAGAACGUUGGCGGCGCCGGUAGCGCGGAGGCGGAGAACAAGAGGGUCUCGAAGAGGAAACGCGUGCCAAAGCGCUUUUACGGCGACUCGAGCGACGACGAGCCGCAGGAAAAGCAAUCGUUUGGCCGAUGGCGGAAGAUCGAGACAGCAGCCACCUCCGCGUCCACCGCCACCACCGUCCCGGCCUUCGCGCCGUUGCCGCCGCCGCUGCCGCCGCCGACGGCGAUGACGCCGCCGAAUCCGAAGCCGCUGAUCUCGAGAUUGUCCUUGAGCGGCAAGACUAUCGUACAGACGUAUGGAAACAGACCUGCUCCGGCGGAGCCAGCGGCAGCGAGCCAGCAGCAAGUGGUUCUACCAGAGACGUUGCCGGUGGCCGCGCCGGUGAAUUCCGCCACCGAGUCCGAGGGCCCCGCGGAGAGCAGCAGCGACAGCAGCGAAUCCGAAGCGGAGAACACCGUGAGCCAGCCGAAGGUGAAUCCGAUGGUGACGCCGGCGGCCGUCGGCGCGUCGACCACUAUGGAGCGACCCGGCAAGAUAUACUGUUACUGCCGAUGCCCGUACGACGAGGUGUCGGAGAUGAUAGCCUGCGACGGCGAGGACUGUCGCAUCGAGUGGUUCCAUUUCGAGUGCGUCGGUAUAAUGGUGCCGCCCAAGGGCAAGUGGUACUGUCCGGACUGCAGAAAGAAGCACGGUAUCGUGCAGAACGACGAGUACUGCGAUUGAUAGUUGCCGCACGCGACGACAACGGCGACACGGCGUGUUAUUACCAAAUUCGAGCGAUCGGAUCGUUGCUUUUCUUUAGGCAUAAUGCUAGAAUGUUUCCUCCUUUCUUUUUCACGAGCGUACGAAAAGAAAAAAAAAGUUGCUACACUGUUCCACGUUGAUAUUUUUCUUAAGCCGAGACACAGAGUGUUUGUACAUAACUAUGUAAAUACGUCUUAGAAUAAUUAUAAGAAUGAAAUAAGGUUUUUUGUGUACAUUUCUUUGUACUUCUUUUAACGACGGCGUCAUGUAUAAAUACAUAGUGUUAGUAGGUAGAUGAAUAAUUAGAUAGGUAGAUGAUAUCGCCGGCAAGAUAUUACCAUCGAACAGGAUUAAUUCAACCACGUCUGAAAUGUCUGUGAUUGCCUCGAUUCACCUGUAAGACAGUAUUAAGCUCAUUAUUUAUUAUUGUAUGGAUAUUUCGUAAACAUAUUUAUAGCAACAACGUAUAUUGCUGACGAACACUACACCUUUUCAUCCGCACGAUCGGACAGGGAGUGAAGAUACGGUUUUAAAUAAAAAUGCAAUAUUGUAGACAGUGUCGCAUGUUGGCGAAAUAUAUUACAAGUAAACUAAUAAUGAAGUUAAUACUGUGCUACGAGCUAACGAGGAUCGGCAGUCGUGCAAAUUUUCGCAAGUCGAUGUUUAAGGGCUAAUGCCGCUCUAGCACCCGAAAAAACAGCCUAAUUUUAACCAUUUUUUUAUCGGAAUAUAGUAAAUGCAUUACAAAAUCUGUUUAAAGGCCUUUAUUGUACAUACUGAGAAAUGUAUUCACAAUUUUUUUUUACAAAAUAGCACCAGAGCUCAGCAAAGGAAGCCUCUUCCGCAUCCGGAAAGAUUUCUUCAAUUUCUGACCUGGAAGAAACCAAACUUUUUGUGUUUUAUAUAUGAUUAGCUCGGGAAGUACCUGCGGAAAUUAAAAAGUACCAUUUUUUAUACAAAUGAUGCAAGUUUUUUGCCUAAAAAUAAAACUUUUUAUGUACAAUAAAGGCCUUCAAACAGAUGUUGUAUUCCAUUUACUAUGUUCACAUAAAAAAUUGUGAAAAUUAGGCUGUUCUUCCGGGCGCUGGAGUGGCUUUGCCCCUCAACGGUACCUUGCCGGUGAUAGUACAGAUAUUGAUACGAAAUCGUGCGCGAGCCUAGCAAUGUGGCAGGGUUGCGUCUCACGAAUCUUAGGAUCUUCGCCUGACGCGCUUGAUUGCGAUUACAUUUACGAUCGUAGGCAUUUCUGGCGGUGUCUUGUACCCCGGUCUUAGCUGUCCUCAUUGCGAUCGGCGUUUCGAAACUUCUCGAUACCUCUCCGUUGGUCCGGUAAGACCACGCUGCUAAAUGUAUAACUGUCAAAUUCAAUUUUUCCUGAAAUACCACGGAUGCGGAAACGAUUGUCCCCUCUCUUUUUCUUUUAUUGGUACCGAGCUGCUCGAAAUUUUUUAAUUGCUGUAUCCGCUGCGGGUCAUUGAUCGGUCUUUUUAAUGACGGCGGUGUACGAAUAUCGUUGUGUAGCGCUUCCUCAAAGCAAUGUACCUCUCGGGAGGCGAAUCUUUCCUUGCUUCUAGUCUAUCGUAUAAGUAUUGUCUUUAAAUAAAACCUUAUUCUUUCAGCAGUCGAAGCAGGCCCUUCCGCCGACAGUUCUAUGCCACGCAGGAAAAAUAACCGGUCAACGGUAAUUGCCUGUGGUUGUAUUAAUUUUAAUCGUAACACAUCGGGUUUACAAAUAUCUGCGAACAGGCGGACGGCCGUCGUUCUUUGGCUACGAACUGUCGAUUAAUAAAAUAACGUCUCACGGCAAUCGCAAGUACUGUAAUAUUAGAUGAAAUGUUAGUUGGGAAAAUUUUGCUGCGCAGUAUUACAGCAACGAGUACGAGGAAACGAGUCCACAUCAUGCUGUUUUAUAUUGUCUCCUCGAGUUCCGUGUGCCGUAUAGUUUAUAUAUUUUUUACACGAAUGGAAGAAGCGACGGACAAACGCCGGCGUUUCCUUCUCUAACGCCACUCUUAAUUUUAGUUUAAAUUAAAAAUAUGAAGAUGAAACAGCUGCGAUUUUUGGUUUAUCGAUCGCUUGCGUUUAACGGACCUCGUCACAGCGGUGCAUAGCCGUAAAAGAAAAGAAAAACAAACUCUUAGAGUACGGCAAGUGGCCGUCGUGCUGAUUUCCUCAAUUGUCAGCCAUAGUCUCCUCCAGCAAUUCGACACCCAUGAUAUCCUUGGCGAAAUCUUUGUAAGAUAUCCUCUGUAUCAUAACAUAAUAAUACAUUACUCUCGGGAAGCCU